CCUUUGAUCAAUAGUUCUCCUCUCCUAACCCUUUUCUUUCUUUACAGAUUGCUUCUAACAUCUUUCUUUUACAGAAAAGAAAAGGGUGAUCAAAAAAUUGAGCUUCUCUCUCUCUAGAAAUGUUUAGUUCAAGCAGGAGAUCCAAUUUUAUGCAGACGUGUAAUCUCUUAAGUCGUUUUAUUAAGGAAAAAGGAUGCCUCAGAGAUUUGAAUAUAGAAAUCGCUGGAAAAGUGGAGAGCCUUCAACACAUAGCGAAGCCUCUCAUAACUCCAUCUUUAAUAGAACAACAGCCUCUAGUGGCUCCGAUUUCGUCCAUUGAUGCAACUACCAGCUGCUGCAAACAGCCAUCCCAGUUGACAAUAUUCUACUCAGGUAGAGUGUUGGUGUUUGAUGAUUAUCCAUCCAACAAGGUUGAAGAGCUCGUGGCAUUUGCCAAGAAAGAGAGCCCCCAAAUAUCCUGCGGCAUUCUGUCGACCGUCGACACUAGUGGGCUCGUCUCUAGUUCACGAGACGGCCCGCCUCCACGGCCUCAUCAGGCCGGUACUAGCCACCGCCACAAGGCCGUUGGCAUUUCCUCAAAAGCCUCUAAGGAGAAAAUGAACUGCCCUGAUGAGACUAGUGGUUCAGAUCUCCCAAUUGCAAGAAGAUCAUCACUUCAUCGAUUUCUUGAGAAGAGGAAAGAUAGGUCCGCGGUUAGGGGGCCUUAUCAUCAAGUUCAAGAAGAGCCAAGCUCUUCUUCAAAGGGAAAGGGGGAUGGACAGUUUGACCUCAAAUUGUAAUCUCAUGAAACCUUAGAUAUUAGGGUUGUUGUGACUUGUUGUAUAAUCUAUCUCGCAUCGAUUGACAGAUUUUUAUAACUUUAUCCU